AUGCCCCACAGCGAAGGAGCAACAUCCAUCCCGGGCCCGAGCGGUGAACAGAGCCAGGACCCUCCAAGUGACAUAGAUGCCAAACCACCCUCCGUGGCUCUCUUGAAAAACCAGAUCAGGGUGCGUCCCUCCCAGCUCACCCGAAUUAACAAUAGGGUAGCGUCCGUCCUCGCUAAUCAGAUUCCGCAGGAGUACGACGAUAUCGUCACCCUAGAAGCAGAGCUCAACCAGGUACUCGAAAAUUAUACAAAUCUCUUCGAGAAAUGGCAACCAUUUUUGGAGGUCGACCCCGACCCCAAGAAAAUGGACGAAGAAUUUGAUGAGCACAUCAGGUACGACGCCGAGUCAGGGGAUAACCUCGCUAGCCUUCGCAAUCGCCUCAGCUCGAUGAGGCGAGAGCUGGGCAUCCCUAGCCCCCUCCUCUCGGAGUCCCCUCGGCCAUCUCAAGCUGUCGAGGGCUCUUCAUCAGGAACCUUCUACUCGGAAACCGCAGCGGGACCACAUAGCCCAGGAGCCUCUCCGCAACCGGAUCCGAACCAGGCCAACAUUCUCACACCGGUCAAGAAUCCAGAGAAGAAGGUCCCCAAAUUCAACGGCGAUCUCGUCAAGUUCAGAGAAUGGUGGAAGCUCUUUGACUACUACGUCGACUGCCGGCAGAUGGAUACCACAGAAAAGUGCCGUAUCUUGAAGUGGUCCCUUCACGGCAAGGCUCUCGGAUCGGUCUGCCACUUGGAUAUCGGCGACGAGAACUACGAGCUCAUGAAGGAUAUUCUCCAGGACUCAUUCGGUCGCUCCGACGCGGCAAAAACUCAGCUAUCCCAGCGAGUUCACGCGCUCUGCUACGUGAAGGACAUCGCCAAACCAAGCAAGUUCAUUCAUUUCGUUUCUCAGAAGGCUCAAACUAUCCGUUCCUUGGUGGCCCACGGCGACACUUUCGAUAAGAUCUCAUCGGCGUACUCCCCUAUGAUUUUAUGUUGCAUCUCGUAUGACUUGCGGGUAGAAUUCGUUACCGAGUGGGAAAAGAGAGCGAACGACGACACUCCUAAGCUAGAGGCUCUCCUUAAAUUUUUGGAGGAGAAGAAGGCCAGAUUCGAGUCCUCAGAGCGGCACGGCAGGUUUCUUAAUAUUAGCAAGGGCUCCGGCUCAAACUCCCACAGCUCUGACAACAGACCAGAAUCCAAGGAAGGCAAGAGCCAGGGCAGGGACUACGGUCACAAUCUUAGAUCCCAAUUCUCUUUCGCGGGAGCAACCAGUCAGGUAGAUCACUCUUGCAUUUUCUGCGGGAAAAAUCACGAGAGCUCGAAGUGUACCACCAAAAUGUCUCCGGAAGAUAGAAGGAAGCGUUGCGCCGACCAGAACGCCUGCUUAAGAUGCUUGCUUAGAGACCAUAGAGCGAAAACAUGCCGGGCCAAGGUAAAAAAUUGCUCGAAAUGCGCGGGACGUCACUCUGAAUUAGUAUGCACAGGCUCUCAGCUGGCUACGGCGGCUGGAGUCGAAGCUCAGAUAGCAGCGGCAGGCUGUCAAUCGCAAUCCGCAACCCCGGUUGCGCUGCUCCAAACCGCGUACGUCUACGUAGUCAACGGUCCCAAGAGGGUUGUCUGUCGUGCGCUGCUGGACCCCGGCGCGAUGCGCUCCCUGGUCUCCGACAGAAUAGUCGAAGAGCUCGGUAUCAAAGCAUCGAGCACAGAGGCCAUCAGCCUCCACGGUAUCGCUGGAACGGUGACGGAGAUCAAAAAGGUGGACACCUGCCACCUCAAACUUCAAAGUAGAUUCUCGAAGAAAAGCACCACCAUUAGCUGUUUAAGAAUCCCCCGAGUAAUCAAAGGAAACAUUCCUCAUGCCUCUUCCCUCAAGGGUUUCCACCCAAUAGCCGACAGCAAAAAGGAAAAUUUCCCGGAAGAGGUAGACCUCUUGAUUGCUAACGAUUGGCUUCACCUCGUUUACUCGGGUCAGGAGCGAGUCUCCUUUACGAGAAUCGGUUCGCUCUUCGCGUGCCCGACCAUCUUCGGCUGGGUCUGCUGCGGCAGCGACGCCGACGGCUCCAACCAGAUCCGAAACUCGGUUUUCACGUCGUCUGCGGUCGUUCAGCACGUCGUAGCCGCAUCGGGAAUCCAAAAAGCGCCGGCGGUCCAGCGGGAGGAACGGCAUGCCAAUCUUGAGCUUUUAUGGGAUACGGACAUUAUCGGCAUCGAGAGCCCCCUCCCACCGGACGCAGAGAGAACCGGAGAGGAGUUGAUCAAAUUCUUUAAGGAUACAGUGAAGCGCACAGAGGAUGGCCGCUAUUCGGUUUCCCUCCCCUUUCGCGAUAACGUCUCCACUUUGGGCGACAAUCAAAAAAUUUCGUUCUCAAGGCUCCUGGCCUUUCUGAAAAGCGCAAAGAAGGACCCCUCCCUCCUUAAGGCGGUCGAUAAGGAGAUCAGGAAAUAUAUCGACUCGGGAUUCGCGGAACAGGCUGACCCGCGAGAACCAGGCGAGCGCGCUCACUAUCUACCAAUUCUAGCGGUGGCGAAGAAAUCCUUGUCAGAAGCGUCAGAACGAAAAAUCAGAAUCGUCAAAGACUGCGGCUGUCGUUCCAAAGAGGAAGCCGCGUUAAAUGACGUGCUAGAAAAAGGGCCAAACCUGCUGCCCGACAUUCUUUCCGUCCUCAACAACUUCCGGAAAAGUCCGAUCGUAAUCGUUGCGGACGUUCAACAAGCGCUCAUGCAAACGCUGAUUAACGAAGACCACAGAAAAUUUCUUCGUUUUUUCUGGCCUCUAGGCAUCUCGGAAGACCCAGAAGCCCCGAUAAGGGAAUACUGGGCGACAGUUCUCGAUUUUGGUCUCUCAUGUUCCCCCUUUUUGCACUGUCAGGUGCUUCGCCACCACCUAGAUUGGAGCAUCGAGAAGUUCCCAGGGAAAGCGGACAUCCUCCGGGGAAUCCGGGACACUUUCUUUAUGGAUGAUUUCUGCGCUGGGGCUUCAUCGAUCAAAGAAGCGAAGGAAACGACAGGGUUAAUUAUUGACGUCUUCUCCAGCGGUCAUUUUCCGCUCGAUAAGUGGGCGGCAAACAAUAAAUUAGUUGCCGAUUACAUUUCACGAAUCGUAGGCCCGGACCGUUCGGUAUCUGCAUCGAACACCCGCGGCAAGUUCAUGGGAAUCUCGUGGAAUCAAGUAUCAGAUUUUCUCUUCAUCGAUGUCGACCCCGUUGUCGCUUUCCUGGAAUCGGGUCCGAUCACCAAACGGCAGCUACUCAAGGGUCUCAGCCAGGUAUUCGACCCGCUCGGUCUCAUUGCACCGAUUGCCAUCGCGCUAAAAAUGAUUCUUCAGACCAUCUGGUCGAGGAAAAUCGACUGGGACUCGACUCUCACAGACGAUUUGUGA